AGAGUACUAUUGAAAUGCAUUGUUAAGAAAAAUUUUCAACACACCAAUGUGUCAUUUCCUUUCUUCAUGGACCAGAUGCUGAAAUACUAUGUGAUAAAGAUUUUAGGUCUCAAUUGUAAAGAGAGGGAAGUGGAUAAAUCAGUGCUGCCGUCUUUAGGACAAACGAAGUAUGGAACCGUGGGAUAGGUUUCCCGAUCACCAGGAUGAUGCUGAUAGCUGCUCAGAAUCUGUGAAGUUCGACGCCCGCUCCAUGACAGCCUUGCUUCCUCUGAAUCCUAAAAAUGGUCCUACCCUUCAAGAGAAACUGAAGUCUCUCAAAGCUGCACUGAUUGCCCUUUAUCUCCUUGUGUUUGUAGUUCUCGUGCCUAUCAUCGGGAUAAUGGCAGCACAAGUCCUGAAGUGGGAAAUGAAGAAUUGCACAGUUGGUUCAAUUAAUGCAAACGAUAUGUCUCAAAGUCUCGCAGGAAAAGCAAAUGACAGUGAAGAAGAAAUGAGAUUUCGAGAAGCUGUAAUGGAACAAAUGAACAACAUGGAGAAGAGAAUCCAAUUUAUUUCAGAUACAGAAGCCAAUCUCAUAGAUUCAGAGCAUUUCCAAAAUUUUAGUCUGGUGACUGAUCAAAGAUUCAAUGAUGUUCUUCUCCAGCUGAGCACCUUGGUUUCCUCAGUUCAGGGACAUGGAAACGCAAUAGAUGAAAUCUCCAAGUCAUUAAUCAGUCUGAAUAUCACAUUGCUUGAUUUGCAGCUCAAUAUUCAAACACUGAAUGGCAAAGUCCAAGAGAAUACAUUUAAACAUCAAGAGGACAUGAGUAGAUUAGAGGAGCGUGUGUACAAUGCAACGGCAGAAAUUAUGUCUAUGAAAGAAAAACAAGUGAAUUUGGAACAGGAAAUAAAAGGAGAAGUGAAACUACUGAAUAAUAUCACUAAUGAUCUCAGACUGAAAGAUUGGGAACACUCUCAGACGUUGAAAAAUAUCACUUUAAUUCAAGGUCCUCCUGGACGCCCAGGUGAAAAAGGAGAGAGGGGUCCUGCUGGAGAAAGUGGUCCACGAGGCAUUCCAGGUGCAAUAGGUCCUCCAGGUCCCAAAGGUGAUCGGGGAGCAAUUGGCUUUCCUGGAAGCCGAGGAUUCCCAGGACCAAUGGGGAAGACCGGGAGGACAGGAAAUCCUGGACCCAAAGGCCAGAAGGGGGAAAAAGGGAGCGGAAGCAUGCUAAGACCAGUGCAACUCCCGGAUCAUAUUUGGGCAGGGCCCUUUUAAGAUCAGGCAGGUUGGGCAAGACACCCUCUGCUACCAUCUCAUUAAAAGGCCCCUCACCUCCGGACAAAUCAUCCGCACAACUGACUCCAAGAUCCCUUUGUGUGGCUCCUUCAAAUGACUCUGGUUCCUGUGUCGUACCCAGCUUCCACAUGGCUUUCUCUCCGGGUCUUUUGUGCUGUUUGGACCUCUGUUCCUAUGCUCAGACCUCUUCCCACUCCAGUAACCCACCAUCACCACCAUCUGCUGGCACCCUUAGCUGGGUCACCUCCCAUGUACUGACUGGCAAGCUGCUCCUACCAGUUCUCAGAGCAAGACCAGGAGCCCUCUGCUCCCCACUCAUCUGAUGUCUUACUGAACCCAAUUUAACCCACUGGGUUCUAGGAGACAUCUCAUGGAUAUUGAUUAUAUUUGGGUUCUUUACAUUCAAAAACAAUACUCUCAAUAAGUGAUAGGGAUAACGUAAAAGAAAAUUCGUUCAUUCAUUCAUUCACUCUGCACAUGUUCAUUGUGUGCCUCCUGGAGCUGAACAUAACAGCUAAUAAGAUAACUAUUGUCUCUGGCCCUCAUAGAGCUAAUAGUCCCUGAAAGCCUAGACAUGGAAACAGGUGAUUAUACAAUACAACAGAGCUAUACUGGGGGAGGAACAGUGCUCUACAGGUGUUCAGAGGAGAUCAAGAUUAUUAAAUUCUUUAAAAUAUUAAAAAAUAUUGAUUUUGAUUCGCUUAGUUUACCUUCUUAUCUGCUUACUCUACAAUUAUACCACCCUCCCCCCCACCCCGUUUUCCCCCAAGUUUAUAGUGAGGUAAAGUAGAGCUUGAACAGUUCAUUCAACACAUUUAGACCAAAACACAGAACUUACUUCCUUCAAUUACCUGGCAAUUUCAAGAAAAUAUUUUGAUUGUGAAAAAAUAAUGCUGAAGUUUUCUAUUGCAAAAAGCUCUUUUGUAUUUUAUGCUUUAAGUAUCUAGUAUAGAUCCUGAAGAUAAGGAAAUAUUUCCAUAGAACUGGAAAUAUUUUAUGUAGGUGAAGAAAGGGAUAAAAAAGAGGGGAAAGAAAAGAUAAGAAAAGGCAGACUGAAACAAGGAAUAGGAAAAAUAUAGGCUAUCAUGUUGUUUUUGAAGUUCUUUCUGUUUAUUAGCAGAUGACGUUUUCACACCUCUCAUUUUCUUCACGGUUUACAAAUAGUCGCAGGCGUCCCAGUCUUGAAUUUCUGGUAGAAUUUGAGCGUGUCCAUGGGUCCCUCAGCCCUUCCAUUCCCUCUCCUGGGAAAAGCGUUUCAUGACACCUACCUCACAGGGUUGUUGUGAGGGUCACGUGAGAUACUGUGUGUGUGAAGAUGCCCUGUAAAAUCAUAAAGUGCUUUAAACACACAA